AUGGGUUGUGUUCUGAAAGAGGAAGAAAAGGUGGGUCUUCUUAAAGUUGGGUUUUUUAAGGAUGGAAGUGAGAAAUCCAAGUUUUUAAGUUAUAGUUAUGAGUCGAGAAUUAUGAGUGUUUUGUAUGGUAUGGGAGAAAAAGAGAGAAUUGAUAUGGCUUCGAUCUUGAACUUGAGUUUGAGGCUUUGUAGAGCAGGAAAAAUUUAUGGGUUUUGGUACAAUGAUAAUGAUAGCUGUGUUUAUAUGGUUUGCGAGAAUAUUAAUUCAACUGGUUUGUUAAAAUUCUUUUAUAAUGAAGAGGAGGAGAGGUUGAGUAGUGAUAAAAUAAGUGGUUUUGGGAUAGUCAGUAUGGAGAUGUGUGAGAUUUUAAUUAGUUUGAUUUCCGAAGGGCUGAUUAUUGGUUGCUUGGAUGUCAAUUGUUUUGUCUUCAAUGACUUCGGUCGUGUUUAUGUUGAUUUGGGUAAGGUUUUGAGUAUGGGAAGGAGAGUGAAUAAGGCAAUUCAAAGAGGUCACAAGGAUUUGGAAGUUAGUUUGAAGACUGAGGUAUUGGAAAAUCUUGUGUUCAUUAGUCCGGAGAUGUUACUAAAGUUGUUCUGUAAGGAAGGGUUUGAAUUGGAUUGUGGAAAAUCGAUAUAUGAAGUUGGGUUUGGUUCGGAUGUUUGGUCGUUAGCCUGUUUACUCAUUUCUCUUAUUAUUGGCGGUUCUUUUAUUAAAGAAAUGGCAAUUUAUGUGGAUUUUAUAGUAAAUGCUGCAAAUGAUGGAAAUGUAUAUUCUUAUGUUAGUUUAUGUAAAGAUUGGAUGGAGAAUGUUAAAACUUUGUUAGGAUGUAGAUUGGGCUUGGAAUAUGAACCUCAAAAGGACUUACUAUGCAGAUGUCUGGAAUUUGAUAUUAGUAGUCGCCCACCUGUUACUGAACUAUGGAAAUGUCUGAGAGAGUUGGUUCUUAAACCAAACUUCGAUUUUGGGGUCACUUUGAAACAUGAAGAAAAGAAAGAAAAAACAGGUCAUUGUGUAUUACUAGGGGAUCUCUGUCGGAUAGCAGAGGACACUAACAAAGAAGAGAUAGAUGGGUUGCAGCAGAAAUAUGAAAUUGGUAGAGCUGGUGUGAGCAGAGAUGUUGUUGAGGGCCUGUCUGGGGGCCAUAUCGAAUGUAUUGAUAUGAAGGGUCAUCUAGAUUGUAUCACGGGCCUAGCCAUUGGAGGGGGUUUCCUUUUCAGCUCUUCAUUUGAUAAGAGAGUCCACGUAUGGUCAUUGCAGGAUUUUACACAAGUACAUACGUUUAAAGGUCAUGAGCAUAAAGUUAUGGCUCUCAUUUUUGUGGACGGAGGACAACCAUUGUGCAUAAGUGGCGAUAAUGCAGGUGUUAUAUGCAUCUGGGAAGCCAGUUUUCCCUUUAAUGAAAAACCAUUAAAGAAGUUGCACGAGCAAAAGGAUUGGCGCUAUAGUGGUAUUCAUGCCCUUGCUGUUUCCGGAACUGAAUAUCUCUACACCGGGAGUGGAGACAAACUGAUAAAAGCAUGGUCUCUGCAGAAUCAUACCCUGUCAUGUACUAUGAGCGGUCACAAGUCAGUCGUAUCAUCGCUAAUAGUUUGCAAUGGCAUUCUUUAUAGUGGAAGCUGGGAUGGGACUGUCCACUUAUGGUCGCUUAGUGAUCACAGUCCUUUGGCAGUCUUGGGGGAGGACACAUCAAAAAACGUGACUUCUGUUUUGGCUCUUGCUGCUGAGAAUAAUUUGCUGCUUGUGGCUCAUGAGAAUGGUUGCAUAAAGAUGUGGCACAACGACCUACUCGUGAAAUCAUUACAAACCCACAAUGGUGCCGUGUUCGCCGCCAGCAAGAAGGGGAGAUGGCUUUUUACUGGUGGCUGGGACAAGACUAUUAAUGUGCAGGAAAUAUCUGAAGUUGGGGAUCAAAUUGAUACGGUGCCUGUUGGUUCCAUUGCUUGUGAUUCUGUCAUAACGGCGGUGAUAUACUGGCAAGAGAAACUGUUUGUGGGACAAUCAGAUAGAGUAAUUAAGGUGUACUAUGGAGUAUAA